UGGGUACAACAUGGGGUGAGUUGCAUAAGGAUCUCCAAAAGACCUCUGCAAGAGACAGUGGAGAGCGGGGAAGUGAGUGCGCACUGCCGCCUCUCUGUGCGUCUUUGCGCGCUCCAUGCAUCGGGCCCGGAGCCUGCGGAGCCUGGUCUCCCUGCACCUCCCGGCGACCCGCUCCGGAGCUCACUGUGUCCGACAGAGGAGCUGCAGACCGGGCCCUGGAGCUGCUCUGAGCGGGGAUGGAGCGGGGAGGCACAGACUGAGUAGAAAGCCGGGCUCGGGGCUGCCCUUUGCCGGUCUCAGCUGCUCCAGAGCGCUCUGCUCCGGCCCGGAGAGAGACCUGUCCUCCGUGUCUGUGGUGGGCAGCCCGGACCCCCUCACGUGGGUCCGCUGCCGCCUCAUCAUUCUCCUCAUCAAGCUGUACUUCGAGGUGGACCUGGCCUCAGAGGAGUUCAACUCAGGGGCCAAGCAGGCUCUGGUCCAAGUGUCCCACCUGAUGUCCACAGGCCAGUUCCACAGACUCAAGGGGCUGGUCUCUGAUGAGAUGAUGGAGUACGUGGAGACCAGGACCAAACCCCUGUCCCACGCUCAGAAGCUAAAGCUCUCUGUCAACACUGAUGACAUCAUCUUCCUGCUGCCGGAGGACGUCACUGUCGUCUUUGACCAAUACGGGAGGAAGUUCUGCUCCAUCGUCAUGCGCUUCUGGUUCCUGACCACACUGGAGGGGCCCGAGGAUCCCGAGGCCACCAGGGUCUUCAGGGUGGCUCCUAGUCAAGACGGCAGCCAGCAGACCAAAGUGGCAACUGCAGUGUACGAAUUCCGCAGAGAGCUGACUGCGGGGGCCUCUCCAGACUGGACAGUCAUCACUGUGUGGCACUGGCACUGGAUACUGGCCCCUAAGGCCCCUGACUAACAGCUCACUCACACUGGACUACAGGAGCCACCAGAGGCCAAAAGACACUGUCAGAGUAAAACUUUGAUAAUGAGCCUGUUGCCUUUACCUCACACACCUGUUUAAACACUUUGACCAC